AUGGCGCUCGUGCACGAUAAUGCUGCCAAGGACGCUUUCGUGGCGCAUCGAGCAGCCCAGGAGCUCUACCGGCUCGGCUGCAAGGGCCAGACCGUGCAGCUCUCCUCGUACGCAGCCAGCCUCAACGGGGACAAUAUCGCAGACAGUAGCGUGGGCGUGGGCGCCCUCAUGAAGAUCGUCGAACGUCUAAUGUCCUACUUUCAAUCUUUCUACAACCUCGAAGAGGACCUUCAGAAACGGGAGGAGCUGCGGAAGUUCAACGCCCUCGCACCCUUCAUGCGCCUGCCACCGGAAAUCAUCUUCCACGUCUUGAGCUUCCUCUCCGCCAAGGACCUCGCGCUCGUGCAGCUCAGCUGCUCUGCCCUCGCUCGCUAUGUCUGCGACGAAUGGUUGUGGAAGCGGCUGUGCGAGAGGGACUUCACGCCGAUCAAGAACGCUCUGGCCGGCUACUUCGGCAAGAACUGGCGAUGGGUCUACCGCAGCAAGGUGGUCAUCUUCAAGGGCCGAGGCCAGAUCAAGGACGGUGACGUGGGCACGCUCAUCACCAAGGACGGCAGAUACGAAGGCGAGUGGAAAAACGGCGAGCUCAACGGCUACGGCUUCCUGGUGAGCUCGGUGGGCAACAUCAUCGAGGGCCAGUGGAAGAGCGGCAUGGGCCAUGGCUUCGGCCGAGUGUCGUACGCCAACGGCGACCUCUACGCGGGCCAGUGGACCGACGGCGGCGUGACCGGCAAGGGCGUGUGCUACUUCAUGGAGGGCACCGUCUACAAGGGCGACUGGAAGGACAACGCCGUGCACGGCCGAGGCUCUUGCUGGUUCAGCGACGGCAACAAGUACGAUGGCGGCUGGAAGCUGGGCAAGAAGGAUGGCCCUGGCGUGUUCUACUGGAAGAACGGGGCGACGUGGAAGGGCGUGUGGAAGAACAACAAGCCCGAGGGCAAGGGCAAGCACUACUGCCCCGUCACCAACGAGACCACUAUCGCGGACUGGCAGACCGAGUUCGCGUGCUGCGCCGACGCGGAAGCUAAGAAGGAUCUUCACAGCGACAUCCCCGCGCCCAUCACGCCGCACCAGGUCGCCUGA